ACGCGUUAUGGUCCCAUGGUUCGCGUAACAAAUCACAAUAGACUUCGACAGUUAAGCGUCAAUCCCGCUGACACGGAGCGCAUCUCUGGCGCCCUCGUGUGGUAUUUGUCAGUAGCUGCACCCCGAUUGGGCGCAGCAAUAUUACGUCAUCAGCACUCGACGCACAUCCGCAAGAAGCCAACAGCAAUAAUGCUUUUCUACUCGUUUUUCAAGUCGCUGGUGGGGAAGGAUGUGGUGGUGGAGCUUAAAAACGACCUGAGCAUCUGCGGGACGCUUCACUCCGUUGACCAGUACCUGAAUAUCAAGCUCACAGACAUCAGUGUUACUGAUCCAGAGAAAUAUCCACACAUGUUAUCCGUGAAAAACUGUUUUAUCCGUGGAUCGGUGGUCCGGUACGUUCAGCUGCCCGCUGACGAGGUGGACACUCAGCUCCUGCAGGACGCUGCGCGAAAAGAAGCAAUGCAGCAGAAGCAGUGAUUAACCCAAAGGAUGUGGGGGGGUCGGGGUCGGGGGGGGGUCAAGGGGUUCUGACCGUGAAUUCUUAUAUAGUUUUGAGUUACAUUCAAGAUGAGAUAGUUUGUGCAUCUCUUGUGAUUCAGCAGUGUUGGUCAUGUUCUCCUAAUGUUAAGAGAUCAACAGUCAUGAUUGGAAGUGGUCUUCAGCAGGGCAGGAAGGCGUCAUUUGGUACCGCCUUUUGGUUUUGUGUGAAAGAAUCGGGACUAAAUUCAAUUUUUUGAGCCCUGUAGAGGUAAAGAUAUGUUUCUAGUGUUUCCGUUGCUUUCCUUUGAAAAAAUGAUGACUUUUUUUUUACUAUUCCACUUCAAAAUAAAACCCUAUUUUAUUUACAUGUUCAUGUUGUCAUUCACAAAUGUUUUGGGGAUUUUAGUUAUCUGAGAAACUGAUAACUCUUUGCCACAAAGUGCUCUCGGAAAGAAGGCAUUUUGUAAACGUCUGCCUUCAUGGGAAAUGAAAAUGAAAAUCCCACGGCCUCAUCGUGCUGUAUCAAAAUCCUCAGAGUGAAGCCGUGACAGCGCGUCCUAAAGCUGGUUCAAUCAUGUAAAUCGCUAGAAUCACAAUUGGUGCUAAUCUCACCUUUCUGUUGAUUGCCGCUUCCCUUUGGAAAUAAGUAACGUUUCUCCAAAAAUUCCACUGUAACAGGAUUCUGUUGCUCGGACGCGUGGGCCGGUGUUUAGCUGUGUGGACUCAUGAGCCUCGCUCACCGUUUCUCGACAUCCGGUGAAAUCAAACGGCGCUUUACUCCUCCGAACAAGCCUCUCCCAUUUCAAUGUGACACUGCUGUUACAUAGAAAUCCAAUACCUUUAUUUUACAUUCAUACAUCUAGAACAUUGUACAAUAACUUUAAUGCAGUUUUUUUUAAUAAAGACCAAUUCAAAAAACAA